ACACACAGAACACCAGGACCACACACUAUAGGGUAACUUUAGUUCAUCUCUCUCACAAGGAAACCAGCUCUAAACUGAAAAAUGCUACCAAAGCUUUCUUUUGUCAUCCUUGUGUGUGUUGGUACUUUGUUAAUGUGUACAAGCACUCAAAGCCUAUCGAGAGACAAUGGGAUGAAACUGUGCGGCAGAGAGUUUAUAAGAGCCGUUAUCUUCACGUGCGGCGGGUCCCGUUGGAAACGGUCCUUAGAUGGAGACUUGGAUCUCUUCCAUGCCAGCUCCCAUAGUGAUGUCAGAGAGGGCGAGGACAGCAGACUCAACUGGCCUCAUGGUCUGGACCAGGCCGCAGUAGCAGACCACCCUCUCCAGCUCUCCUCCUCAUCCCCCACCCCCCUGGCUGAACUCCUCUCACUCCUGGAUGGAGUGGGGGACCAUAGGGGGUCCGCGGCCAACCUCGACCCCAGUGAAGAGCUCCAGAAUCAUGCAUUGGUGUUGGGAGGAGUGGUGGGAGCCAGAGAGUUGGCCAGGAGCCCCAGCAUCAAUUGGCAACGCCGCAUCAAGCGAAAGAGGAACUUUUCCUUGGGCGUAGCUGGCAUGUGCUGCAACCAGGGCUGCACUAAGAAUGACAUUGGGCGUCUGUGCUGA